ACAACGACGUAGCCAGUGGUUGCAACUCGCCUUGAAAUUUAUCAUGCAACAGAGCAAUGUUUUGAUGCCUCUGGACACACUGGCGCAGUAUGAUACUAUAUAUCAAUAACUAUGUGCAUAAUGCAGUUAACUGGGUGACUGCAGCGUCCCUUUCAAGUUCAAGCUGCGGACGAGCGCCGCGAUAGUUCCAGGUGUUCACCAAUGAAAGUCGUACCUGUAGAAGGAACUUCUAUGGGCGUUGACUGCUUAGAGCCUGCCGCGGCGCCUCGCGGACCAAAGGACUCAGCACAGCUGCUGGUCCCAGACACGCCUUCAGCCCACGAAGCGCAGUCCGCGGCGGGGGCACUUCGCAUCACGCUGUAUGUGCGCACCAGCAUCUUCACAUUGCCAUCCAUAGACACACCCGGGCAGUGUUUCACAGUCACACUCUACACGUGUGCGGUGGGCCGGGGUCUGCGACCGGUGCUGGCUGCUGCGGGGCUGGAGAAGAGCUUUGAGCCCAAGCUGGAAUGGAUGGAGGCGGAGGUGCUGGAGGUGACGACGCAGGGCUGGGAGCGCGUGGUGCGUGGCGACGACCUGGAGUGGCACUUCCGCGCCCGCAUCAAGUUUGCGGAGCAGUUUGAGCUGCAGCGCUUUCCCUUCGACUGGCAGUCGCUCAGCAUGACCCUGUCGUGCAUCCACCCCGCAGAGUGGCCGAACCAGGAAGGGUACAUCUCCUGCUUCCCCUCGCGCUCCGACGGGAAGCCUGUCCAGGUGCUGCUACAGCCCGUGGAUGCCGCCACCUACGGCGGCAGCGGCAUUAGCACCAGCGGCACCGGCAGCAGCAGUAGCGCUGGAGCCGGCGCCGGCAAUAGCAACCCCACCGAGGCGGUCCUGUUCUUCCGUGAUGGGUUCCUGCUUCGCUCCAGCUGGGACUAUCGCGGUUACAGCAUACAGCAUUGGCUGAGCCACCCCAGCCUCAGCGGCAGGGGGAAGCAGUACAGCAACCUGCAGUUCAGCCUGCACUUCAGCCGUGUGGCCACCUACUACGCCUACAACACACUGCUGCCGCUGUGGCUGCUCACCAGCCUGGGCUUCUGCGCCUUCAGCCUGGACGUGUCCGCCUCCGCCGGCGACCGCCUGUCACUGCUGGUCACCCUGCUGCUCACAGCCGCAGCCUACAAGAUCGUGGUGUCGUCAGCGCUCCCGCUCGUGUCCUACCUGACCCGCCUAGACUGGUAUGUGCUCGUGGCCUUUGGGCUGCUGGUGCUGCUAACCGUCGAAACGGCGGCGGUUUCGACGGUUGCGGACGGGGAGUUGCGGCGGACGCUGGACUGGGCACUGGCGGCGGGGCUGGGCGGGGCGUGGGGGUUGUUCACGCUAGGGUUCGUGGCGGCGGCGUGGGUGGGCGGGCGGGACUCGCACACGGGGCUGCAGAUCUUGGAGGAGGACGCGCGGUCCCGGUCCAGUCGUGUCGGGUAUAAAGUGAUGGCGUGGUCGUCGGCGUGAGAGCGAGGUUGGUGUGUGUUGUGCGGUCAGGCGCGGUCACGUGAGAUUGAGGGUUGCGGUGACAGGAGGCACAGGUGAGUGCCGGAAGCCACCACGCAGCACUGGGUAUGCGCCGGGCUGGCCGUGUCUCGCUGUCCUUGUGGUCACGCUACUGGUGUUUCAUCGGUUGGCGGAUGGAGAAGAGGCUGGGGCUGGCCGUAAAUGGCUCAGCGUGUCCAAAUGGGCGGGCGCGCAACCGACCUAUAGCAGAACCAUGUAACUCAUCGAUAAA